AUGUUCACUCCGGUCCUAAUCUUCCUAUCCAUCCUUCAAGUCAUCUCAUCCUCCCCUACCCAUCUCAACAAACGAUACAAUGGGGUUAAAAUCCAAGCUUUCCGAAAUGGAUAUUGUCUCUCUCCAAUCGAUACCAAUACCGCCAACGGUGUACCAGUAGGUGCCGUCGAUUGCUCGCAAGCUAGAACCUGGAAUAUCAAUCCUGGCAGUGGCAGUAUCACCUUGGCGAACAAUCCCAAUUAUGCUCUUGAUGCCGGAACAGGCAAUACUAAUGGUGAAGGUGUCAAGAUUUGGCAAAGCUACCCUGGAUUAUUCCAACAAACUUGGUACUUGACCGAUGAUCGAAGGAUCGCCAUCACUGGUGGCAAUCAAUGUUUGGACAAAUACGAUGAUAACACUGGAGUUCAUACUUGGCAAUGCGGUGCUGGUAACAUCGAUCAAAUUUGGACGAUCGUCCAACCUUAUGCACCAUUUGCACCUGUCUCAGGCCAGCAACCUGUGCUCAAUCCACCUGUUGGGCAAACUUACCUUGACCCUGCUAAUUUCGGUGUAAGGAUCCAUCCCUAUCAAAGACCAGAUCUGGCCGUUACUGUAACAGGUGGUGUAGCUGCUUUCGGAAAAUACGUGGAUAUCCCAUACGACCAACAAAAUUCAAGUCCUUACGCUCGACUUCAGCUCUGGUACCUUCCUACCCCAGGUACUACUAACUCUGCUGUCCUUCUCUAUACCGCAGAUAACAACUACUGUUUGCAUGCUGGUACCAAUCCUACUAACGGUGCUAGAAUUACUUUGUACGAUUGUGAUACUGUUGAGAAUACAAGAUGGGAUUGGGACGGUACUCAUCUGAAGAUUACCAAUACGAAUCUUUGCCUGGACGUACGAGCGGAAUCUUCACCUACCCCAUCUAACCCGUACAAUAUCCAAAAAACCCUCCAAGUUUGGACUUGCUCCGGGGGUAAUCAUAACCAAGAGUUCUUCACUAUCGCUAAGAAGGCAUAA